CGUACAGCGAGCCGCAGUUGUAGUGGGAGGCGCGCUUGCUCUGUCGAGCAGAGCAGCGCACAGCUGUAUUCUGAGAGGAGUUUAUGUCUUGUUAAACGUGACGUCAGUCGGUGUGGUUGCUUCGCAACGUCCGGGCCCGGCACCCCUUUGCCAUGAUGGGUAAGCAAAGAAAAGAUUCUCCGCCAUCUGCCCAGCCGAAUAGGAAGGCUUCUGUGUUUAGGAUUCCUAAGAAGACAGAUGCUUGGUCUGAAGAUGUACAUGUGAUGUCCCCUUUGUCACGGCUAGCCGACCCAGACUUCAAAAAUGUUACCACCAGAAAGAGAGCCUGGUGUUCUUCCUAUGACUCUUUCAACACAACACGGAAUAAAGACUCCUGUGCCUAUUAUGUGUCAAAAUUUGGAUCUAACAAGCCUUGCAGUCUUCAGAAUUGGACACAACCCAAACUGAUAUUGACUAAUGUCCUGAAAACUGAUAUAGGAAGACAAUAUAUGAAAGCUGCAGAAACACCUAAUAUAGAUGUCUCUGGCAGUCCUAAAUUGACUCCAAUGCAACUUUCGUUGUUUAGCAGGCAACCCAGAAUUGUGCUGACAGAUAUAAGAGAUAUGGGAAGACGGUCUGCAAAAAAUCAUGUAACUGGUUCAAAUUCUUGUAUUGAGGCUAACUCUCAAACAUGUCACAUUCCAUCACCUACUUCUAAUGACACAGAAACAUGCCAAGUAUUAGAUGAUCCUCAGGAAAGUAUGGGCUUAUCACCAAGGAAUGAACAAAAUGCAGGAUUUUGCAGUGAAAAAGAGAGUUAUCCAAAGAAAAAUGAGCGGUGUAGCGUGUAUCUUGGAAAAAGAUGUGUAAUGGAGCAAAAGGAAGAAAUUGUGCAAGAUACACCGCCCAGUAAAGCAUGCAGAGAUGUCAGCAAUACAUCUGCUUCAUUUCCCAAAGAUGUCAACACGCAGAAGACUAAGAAGAGUCAGAAAAAUCAAAGCUCCCACAAGGAAACAAAACCAGAAUGUGAUGACCAAGAUAAAAGUAAAAAACCCUCUUCUCUGGAUAUAACUACACUUGAGAAAACAUAUUGUCACAAACGCACAGAGCAGCUGAACAGCAAAGCGGCUGCUUCACAAGUAACAUGUCCAGAAAGGAGCACCAACAAACCCUCUUGCGCUUCAGAGGACAAACACAUUGAUCUUUCUGCACAUGAACCCGGCAAUACAGCAAGCUCAUCUGCCCGUUCCAGCGAAAACCCCGAAAAUAUUUUAAAUGGUAGGACUUUACCAAAUAGCUCUGUGGAAGUUUCUCAUUCUAGUCCUCAGGGUGAGAGACUGUGCAGAAGAAAGCUGCACAUGAAACGGUCCAGCAGAGAAAGUUCGUCUUCAUCUGAACCAAUUGUGCUCUCUAGUGACGAAGAGGAGAGAGAAGCUAGAGAAAAUGUAGAAGCCCCGAGUACCCGAGUUAUAAGGCAAACGUUUGCAGAAAUGACCAUGAAAGCCAAGGUUGCUCCAUCACAUCGAUCCUCACCUCCUGAAGCUGCGAUGCAUACGCAUGUAUCCGAGUGUCCUGAAGAUCAGAGCUCAAAAAAAGAAACAGAGUUGACCACAGAGGCUCACCGUUCCAUGCUAGAGUUGCAGUUUGUAAAUGUUUACUUUGGCAAAAAUGUGGGAAGAGCUACUGGUUCCGUAAAGUUUUCAUCUAAAUCUAUUGAUAUUCCUCUGAAAGUGUCAUCGCUCAGAAGUAUGUGUUUGUCAGUGGAUACAAGUAAAGUGCUGCGUUAUGGACUGUGGGUAAAAAAAAGAGCAGCUGUAAGAAGUCGCGCCAUCGUUUUCUUGUGGCUAGAUCCUGAUCAUGCCCGGGAGCUGAAUAAACAAAUUGGAGCUAAUACUACAAUAGAAACAGCUAAAACCAGUGAAUUUAUCUUUCUUGAGUUAACGGACUCUCCAACACAAAUUGAGCUGACUCUGUUGAGGGAGACCAUGAAGGAAUCCAACAAGGAUGGCACUUCUACUCAGGGGGACUUUUUGUCUUGGGCAGAAGCGUACCCUGUUCUGAAGAAAUUGUCCCCUGGAGAAAAUGCAUUUGUGGCAAAUUGUUUACACGAGUUUCAAAAGGAGCGACACCAGCACUCCAAUACUCGGACGCAUCCAGAAAAGCCAGAGGACAAAGGAGAGACAUCGAUUCCACCUACUUACAGCCUUUUGGGGAGAUGUGCCAGUGGCCAUUAUUCUGUUUCUUUGGCUCCCAAGCCAGAUAACACAUGGAAAAUACUACGGACUGGUGGAUCUCGCCUAAAUUUGCUGGUGUACCCCCCUCCCCCAACAAAAGGAGGAUUGGCAGUGACAAAUGAAGAUUUGGAGUGUCUGGAACACGGGGAAUUCCUCAAUGAUGUCAUUAUUGACUUUUAUCUAAAGUACAUCUUAUUGGAGAAGUUUCCUAAGCCGUUUGCAGAGAGAUGUCACAUUUUUAGCAGUUUCUUCUUUAAGUGUUUGACACGAAAGGAUAAUGGUGCUAGUGAGGAUAGCACUAAUUUAACUUCUGCAGAACGUCGACAUCAGAGUGUGAAAACCUGGACUCGCCAUGUUGACAUCUUCUCAAAGGACUUCAUCUUUGUGCCUGUUAAUGAGAAUUCCCACUGGUAUCUUGUGGUGAUAUGUUUUCCUGGGCUAGAAAAACCUGUUUACGAAAAGCCGAGAAAGCAGGCCUCUGCCCCUCUGCAGUCACAAGAGAGCAGAAACUCGUCAAGCGGUGGGUCAGUCAUUGUGUACAAUGACAGCUUUGCAAAGGAAAAAGAGGACACAAUGCAAGAUGAGAACGUUGACCAUCCCCACCAGAAGUCUUCAGGUACCAAAUCCCUUUCUUCUGACACAAAUUCCAUUGUUGACCAAAAAUGCAAGGAACCACAGAGGGACAAUAAUGGUAAAGUCUGCAAAAGACCAUGCCUUCUCAUUUUUGACUCCCUAAUAACUGCAUCUGUCCAAUCUACAGUACAUGUCCUAAGAGAAUAUCUGAAAGUAGAGUGGAAUGUGAAACGAAAAACACCCAGAGAGUUCACCAGGUCAACUAUAAGAGACCUUUAUCCAAAAGUUCCAAAGCAGAACAACAGCACAGACUGCGGCCUGUAUCUGCUCCAGUACGUGGAGAGCUUCUACCAGAAACCAAUUGUAGAUUUUGACCAUCCGAUACACUUGGGAGAUUGGUUUCCUCUUUGCGUAAUAAGGAGUAAAAGAGAAGAGAUCAGAGAUUUAAUUCUACAUCUACAUUUCCAGCAGAGGCGUACAAGCUAAGAAGGCCCAGACUCGCAAAGCUUCGGAUUGACUAGAAUACUGUAUUUUAUAUAUUUGUAAUAUGUUUACUGUAAAUUGUUGUAUAGACUGAUGUUACAAAUUGUUUCUAUAUUUAUUUGACAUGUCCUAAACUGAAAUGCCUUUUAUUUAAAUAAAUGACUUGGUAUAAAAUAUUUAUUAAAAUGUAAUAAAAAUUUGUUAUCAAGUUCCAUAUGUUUCGCUGCUAAAUUUCUAAAAGGAUGCAGGCCAACGUUGCAGGUUUUAAAUAAAAAGUAUAUUUAAAAGGAA